AUGGGCAGAGAGAGAAUUCAGAUACUUGACGGUGGGAUGGGGACGACCCUCGAGUCUAUUGGCCAUUCUGUAUCUUCCGACUUAUGGGGAUCAGAAUUACUCUAUACGAAUCCGAGUGCUAUGCAAAGUAUACACAAAGGGUAUGUAGAAGCUGGUGCGGAUUUGGUGGAAACAUGUACAUAUCAGUUGACACCUACUGACCUACAAAAAUACCUAUCAUCCUCGUCAGAAGAGCAUAAAGAACGAUCAUCAUCUUCUUCUUCUAUAAUUCGUUCCUCCGUCAAUCUAGUACAUGACUCGUUCCGCGAUAAACCAGGAGUGGUAUUUUCCUGUGGACCAUAUGGAUCAACUUUGAAACCUGGUGCAGAAUAUUCAGGUAUAUAUCCACCACCUUAUGGUCCUAACCAGUCUUCAGAUCCAAAAGGAAAUACAUACAAGUUUAACUAUUUUUCAAAUACGGAAGAAGGUAAAGCCCAAGAAGAGAAUGCUAUACAUCAUUUAACACAAUUCCAUUUAGAUAAAUUAAUUUGUCUAUUAGAUGAUGAUGAUCAAGGGGAGGUAUGGAAGAAGAUCAAUUGGAUAGCCUUUGAGACUAUACCUUUAAUGUAUGAGAUCAAAGCUAUUCGAAGGUGUAUGAAAACUUUGAACGAGAUUGCUCGUAACAAGUAUACCGAUGGACAUUCUCGUUAUGACGGUGGUGAUGGAACCGAAAAACAAUGGCACCGAAAGAAAUUCUGGAUAACUUGUCCAUUCCCUAAUGGUCAACAUCCGCAGCUUACCCCAGAAGGCAAGACCAUAUCGAUCGAUACUAUUUUACAUAUAUUGUUAGAUCCUCAUGAAGACGAAGAAAUACCAGAUGGGAUAGGUAUAAAUUGUACCAACCCUUUAUACGUCCCUCAACUCUCCUCGCAAUUCACCAAACAACUCAAAAAGAUUCGAAUGUCUAAAUAUGAACUGCCUGUAUUUGUAUUGUACCCUGAUGGCGGACAGGUAUAUGAUGUACAUACUAAAACUUGGUCUACCCCUUUAGACUCACCCGGAAAUGCUAUGGAAUGGUCAAAAGGCGUAUUGGAAGUUGUAAAUGAUUUAGAAAAAGACAAGAAGGAUGAUGGUCAAUACACGUGGGGAGGAGUGAUUGUCGGUGGAUGUUGUAAGACUUCGUUUGGGGAGAUAAAAGCUCUGAAAAUUGGUUUAGAUGAGUUGUAUCGAUGA